GAUCUUCUGAGGCAGCUAAAAGGUUCACGAAACGUCACUGGAUUAAGCACAAUUUACAGGAUUCUGCAAAGGCUAUGACAAUUGUAUUCAGUUUCCUCCGUGUCCAUUGGAGAGACGUUUAGAGAUUGGGGAAACGUGCACACUGAGAAGAAUACAGGAUGCAGUGAUUUUUCCACUGAGUCAUGAAACAUACAGCAGCAACAUGCCAUAUGUGAUCAGAUGUCUGGGCUGCUAAACCGAGCACACUUUCUAUAGGCUGCAGCUUUAGAUUAUUAAUAGUUAAAGCUGGGGAGAGCAGACACGUUCACCCUGGGGGAGUAGCCCAGCUAAGGAGCAGAAACAUCAUAGCACAUUCCUGGGCUCACUGAGCUGCCAGCAUCUGAUUAGAAGCACACAGUAUUAUCCUCACACAGGGCUGGCUGUGCUGGGCUGAGGAGGAGGACUGAUCCUGGAAACACAACACAGCAAGGGACCGAGAGAAGAGAAAACUAACCCCUGCUCUCUAUAAACAGCCACAUCAAAGGACGUGUUUUCCAAAAGCAGAACAGUUAUUUGGUGUCAACAUGAUGGACUGCUGAUUGUUAUAACGUUGGAUUAUUUUUUAUAUCCUGUAGAGAAUUUUUAUUUUUAAUGAUACUGACAUUGUGAGGCCGGCCUCCAAUCAUGUCUACAGAGGUAGAAACCAGCAACAGCACUUCAACAGAUGUGGUACCUCCAGUAAAACCUCCAUCUAAGAAAGAAAAGAAAAAAGGCCCAGAAAAGACAGAUGAAUUUCUCUUAGCCAGAUUCAAAGGUGAUGGAGUACGAUAUAAAGCGAAAUUAAUUGGCAUAGACGAUGUCCCUGAAGCCAGAGGAGACAAAAUGAGCCAAGACUCCAUGAUGAAAUUAAAGGGAAUGGCAGUGGCAGCUCGUUCUCAAGGACAACACAAACAGAGGAUCUGGGUCAACAUUUCACUUUCUGGAAUAAAAAUCAUCGAUGAAAAAACUGGAGUAAUAGAGCACGAGCAUCCAGUUAACAAAAUCUCAUUUAUUGCACGAGACGUGACUGACAAUCGAGCGUUUGGAUAUGUUUGUGGUGCAGAGGGACAACACCAGUUCUUUGCUAUAAAAACAGCACAGCAGGCUGAACCAUUAGUCGUGGAUCUUAAGGAUCUCUUUCAAGUGAUCUACAAUGUUAAGAAGAGGGAGGAUGAAGACAAGAAGCGGAGUGAUGAAUCCUGUCAAUCUGUGGAGAACGGCGGUGAUUCUUUGCUCAGCAUUAAUGAUGAGGUUGACAAAAUAAAACUGGGUGUUGACCAGAUGAAUUUGUUUGGUGACAUGUCCACACCCCCUGACCUCAAUAGUCCAACAGAAAGUAACGAAAUCCUAUUAGUGGAUCUAAACACUGAAAUCGACACCAAUCAAAACUGUAUUAAUAAAGGAAAUCCCUUUUCAUCAAAUGGAAUCAUCCGUACUUGUUCUUCUGUUUCUCAUUCCAAAGCUCAGUCACCUUUCUUAUCUGAAAAUCCAUUUUCUUCCAAUCUCAGCUUUUUCCCUGCACCAAAUCCAGAUCCUUUUUGUGAUGAUCCUUUCUCUGCUCAAGAUAAAUCAACUUCUUCUUCUUCUUCACAUGAUUUUUCCAAAUCUGUAAAACAUAGAGAACACCUUAAAAGUUCACUUAAUGGUUCAGAAGGCAAUGGUGCUUUGACUAAUGAUAUUGAAUUUGGACAGCAAUUUGACCAGAUUGCUAACCAGUCUUUUAAACAAGAAGCAAUGUCUGACCAGUGGCCUCUUAAUAAUUCCCAAUCACUGCCAAGAGCAAGGACUCAGAAUGGUAUAAUAGAAAAACCCCAAAAUGGUCCUUCACCAAAUCCGUUUGCUGAGUGCCCGUCCAAAGUAGUGGAUCUGCAAAAUAGAAAUGGAGUGAGAAGGAAUUCUGAAAACAAUUCCAGUCUCAAGACAGACUCUGUCAGUGACUCUAUAAGUAUUAUUCCCCCUCCGCAAAAUACCAAGCCCGGAAGAGGCAGGAGAUGUAUGAAGCCAUCUGCUGAUCAUUUGCUUGGUUCAGACCUGUUUCCAUCUAACUCUGUGACAAACACAGAACCAGUUUCGCCUCCGGCUAUCGCUCCACCACCUGCACAAAUCAAUCCUUUGGAUCUUUUUAAAACUAACAGUCAAUCAGCUGUAACCACCAUUGGAAACCUUGGUACUUUGCCAAUAAAUAUUUCUCCAGCUCAGCCAUGGAAUCCCCAGGGUUUAGCGUUUCCUCAACAGGCAUCCACUCUUGUAAAUCCAGUAAUGAGUGCACAGGCCAGUUUUAACCAAACAGCAGUUCUUCCAUCUGCAACACCAAUGACAACCUGGAACCAGCCUACAACCUUUUUACCGCCAGCACCUAUGCAAAAUACUGCAUUGUGGAACCCGCCAGUAGCAGUUCAGCCAAACGCAUGGUCCCAACAAGCUAAUAUAAGCAACCCGUUCCAGGCCAGCACUUUUCCCCCUAGACCACCAGUAUUAAUGACAUCAAGUUCUGUCCUGGCAAGCCCACCACAACCGCCACCUAGACCAGCACCUGUGAAGGAGUCACCUAAGAAGGAAAGUGAUGUUUUUACUGCUCUUGAUCCUCUUGGUGAAAAAGAAAAGAAGAAUGUGAAGGACAUGUUCAAAGACUACCAACUGGCAAAGCCGCCAGCUGUCCCUGCAAGGAGAGGAGAACAACAGCAAAACAACACAUCUGGAGCUUUUUCCGAUUACUUUAACAACAAAGUAGGAAUUCCACAGGACAACGCUGACCAUGAUGAUUUUGACAUUACCCAAAUCUCUUCAAAAAUUAACGAGCCACCAAAGCCCGCUCCACGACUACAAACCCUACCUGUGUCUAAACCAUCUGAAGGAUUAUUUGAAAAUCCAUUUGGAUCAGAUUCCUUCAGUGCUUCAUUACAAAACUCUAAACCCACUCAACAUCAAAUAACCUCCUCCAAUCUAUUUGGGGAUCCAUUUGGGAAUCCAUUUGCUUAAGAACAUAUUUACUGUAUUGCUAUGGACAGAGCCACAAGCGACAAAAUACAGAAGAUAUGUUACCUAAUUUCCAAUCAUCGUGGACCCAAAUAUGUUUUUGACCUUUUCGAACAAUUAAUAUAUUUGCACUUAUUUGAGAAAUAUUAAUUAUUAUUUUUUUCUCAAAUAUUUGUUCAUAUUUCAUGACCCUUCACUUGAAGAACAAAACCUUUAUAUCCUUGAUGUUGCUGGAAUGUUUAAUUUGGACUAUAUUCACUAAAUGACAUAACCAUUUUUAUAACUAUCUAAAUAAUAAAUAAAACAUCUUUACAGUGCAGUGUGCUUACAAUGCACAGAAGGUUUUUAUUUAUUUACUAAUAAUGGUUAUAGAUAUUAAGUGAACAUAUCUAUUAAUAGAUUGCAAGUACAAUAUGUGUCAGUGUCGAUUUACUACCAAAGAAAUCAAAGAAAUAGACCAUUUAUAGUUAAGUAUUUAAAUGGGAGUGUAUUUUUUUCCACAGGCUUUAUAAAUAUUGCAUUGUUACAUGUAACACAGUUCUACAGACACUUCUGUAUUUUUUUAACUCAUUAGUUGCCAAAUUGUACUGCUAGGCACUGCUAUGCAGUGCAUUUCAGUCCUUUUUGGAAGCCAAAGUGUUAAACCCCCAUAAUAAAUGCAAUAAUGUUUAAAACUAAUCAUACCAUUUUUCAUCAUCAUAGUUUAUAUCUUUAUGUGGCCGAUAUAAAAGCAAAUAAUAUAUGGCAAAGUACAGAGUUUUUCAAAGUUGGCUUUGUUUCCUUAAAGAAACAUUUUAGUGAUAAAAUAGAAUGCUCUAAUUUGGGUCCUGACUCCUGUAUAGUACUUUAAAUACUUUAACUAGGUGUUUAAUGGGGCUUAAACACAUAGCUUUACAGUGUUGCUAGUGAUAAAAUGACAUGCUCUGACGGAUUAGAGCAUUUCAUUUAUCAUUACAAUAGCCCUUUUAAUAUCUGUUUUAAGUAAAUAUACAAAUCUUUGGGGGUUUUUAAAGACUUUAUAUCUGACUUACGGAGAAUGUGUUAUUGGCCAACUGGAAAACAUAAUGUGGUAUGACCAACAUGUUCUUUGGGAUAACAACAUGGAUGUAAAGGGACAGUGCGUGAUUAAAUUGGUUUUCCUUAAA